AUGUCUUCUACUAUCAAACAAAACUUUGAAGAGUGCUAUUGUACCGAGUGCAUUAAAAAUUAUAAUGGAUACACCUUAGUGUCAAAGAUAAUUGCCCAGCGUCAUAGCAAGAAAGCAGCUUUAAAAGAUGCUAUCAGAAGUGAACUUGGGAAUGCUUGCAGUACAGACAUCUACAAAUGUAUUUCUAGUGUAACAGAAGAGAACUAA